GUAAUUUAUAAUAAUUAAAUGGGUAAUGCAAGUACUUGUUGUUCACAUCCUAUAGUACAAAAUAAGGAUACUUUGAUUCCCUUCCAGAAGAAUAUGUUAGUCAAUGAAGACUGUGACGUUCAUGAAUGGGAAGCAGAUGAUUUUGUAAAGAUUGGUCUUUAAAGUCACCCAGUCAAAGAACACAAGCUUUUUGAUUAGCCUUCUGUUAUUAGGAGAAUGGAGAGUGUCGAGGCACCUAAAUUGGGUUAACGAUUGGAUGCAUUUCCUGAGAUUGAAAAUUAAAUAGUCCGGACUGUCCUAAAUCAAUUGCCUACACUUAUAAUACCACAGGAUUUGGAGAGAGGUGAAGAAAAUCCGCCUAUUAAAUUUGACAACGAUUUCAUUUAUCAUGGAGAAUGGAAGGAUAGCCAAAAACAUGGGGUUGGAAAAUUGUUGUGGCCAGAUGGCAGCUAUUAUGAAGGUGGAUUUGUUAAUAAUGAAACAUCUGGGUUUGGAAGAUUAAUUCAUUCUUUUGGAGAUUAUUACGAAGGAAGUUGGAAACACGACUAAGCUAAUGGCUACGGUAAGUACCACAGAUACAGAAAUUAAGCUACCUAUGAAGGGAACUGGGUUAAUGAUAAAUAGUAAGGAUAAGGAAAAGAAACAUGGCAAGAUGGAUCUUCUUAUGAAGGAGAAUAUUUAAAUGGAAAAAAAUAAGGAAGAGGAAUGUUUAAAUGGGGCAAUGGCAAUAUGUAUUUAGGAGACUUCAAAAAUAAUAAAAUGGAUGGACAUGGAGUUUAUUAUUGGAAGAGUGGUAAGGUAUAUGAUGGUGAAUGGAAAGAAAAUAGAAUGGAUGGAGAAGGAUCAUUCAAUUGGCCAGAUGGUAGAAAAUACAAAGGAGGAUAUAAGAAUGAUCUUAAGGAAGGUUACGGAAUAUUUGAAUGGUCUGAUGGGCGUUAUUACAAAGGAGAAUGGAAACAAGGCAAAUAGCAUGGUAAGGGAGUUCUCAGGAUGGAUUAAUCGAAAGAAAUAACUGCUGAAUGGGUCAAUGGCAAAAUGCUCACGGAUAAAUAAAUUGAGUAAUAAGCUACAGGUUCAUGA